AUGACGGUGACACGAUCGCAGACCGGGAAGACCCCCAGAAAAGUGCAGCCGGACGCAUAUCUCGAGACUCCGCGACGCAUCACCAGGAGUCGUUCCUCUGCCACACCCGAAGUGAGCUCAGAUCUCGCUGAGUCGCUGGAGCAGCCGAAGAUGUCGAGUCCUCGCAAACGAACCACGGCAAAGAUAGUGGAGGAGACCAGGGAGGAGGUCGAAGAGCAUGUCUCGACUGCCAAUGGCUCCAACGGUGCUGCUGCUAACGGCCACCAGGAGAAGAAAGCCGAAGCAGAGCAGCCUGCGGAAGACCAUAAGAUCACCGACCACAUCGAGUUUGGCGGAACUCCUGGCGUGACGGCGAUGAUGAUAGGGUUCCCUGCCCUGAUGUACUACAUGUGGAUUGGAGCGACCUACUACGAUGGCGCAUUCCCGACUCCCUCAGAAGGCCAGUCUAUGUCCGACUUCUUGCUACACCUCGUCAACCUGGUAUAUACCGGCGCAUUCCCUUCGCUCAAGGCAUGGUCGAUCUAUUGGGGAUUUUUCAUCUUCGAGGCCCUCGCAUACAUGUAUCUGCCCGGAAUCACCGUCCAGGGUAGACCAUUGGAGCAUCUGGGAGGAAAGAAAUUGACCUACUACUGCUCGGCCGUUUGGUCUUUUUACACCACUAUCGUCUUGGCCGUUGCCCUUCACGUCACCGGAGUGUUCAAGUUGUAUACCAUCAUGGAUGAAUUUGGUCCGAUCAUGAGCGUAGCCAUCAUUACCGGCUUCGUCAUUUCAAUUAUCGCUUAUUUCUCCGCCAUUGCUCGUGGUGCUCAGCAUCGCGUGACCGGUUACCCGAUCUAUGACUUCUUCAUGGGUGCCGAGCUGAACCCAAGACUAUUUGGAAUCUUGGACUUUAAGAUGUUCUUCGAGGUUCGGCUGCCAUGGUACAUCCUUUUGCUUGUAUCCAUGGGUGCGGCUGCCAGACAGUACGAACUCUACGGAUACGUCUCUGGAGAAGUCGGUUUCAUCCUCAUGGCACACUUUUUGUACGCCAAUGCUUGCUCAAAGGGAGAGGAAUUGAUCAUCCCUACUUGGGACAUCUAUUAUGAAAAAUGGGGUUUCAUGCUUAUCUUCUGGAACUUGGCUGGUGUUCCGCUCAGCUACUGCCAUUGCACCGUCUUCCUCGCCAACCGUCACCCUUCGACCUACGCGUGGAACAAAUACGCCCUUGGAUUCCUCUACGUUGCUUAUCUUUUCGUCUACUGGGUCUGGGAUACCACCAACAGCCAGAAGAACAGGUUCCGUCAACAAUCCCGUGGUCUGGCCGUGGUCAGAAACACCUUCCCGCAGCUCCCAUGGCAAACCGUCAAGAACCCAAAGACAAUCACGUCCAAGAAGGGGGACACUAUCCUUGCUGAUGGCUGGUACGGAUAUGCCCGCAAGAUCCACUACACCUGUGAUCUCUACUUCGCUAUCAACUGGGGAUUGAUUACCGGAUUCACUAGCCCCUUCCCUUGGUUCUACCCAAUCUUCUUCGCUGCCAUGAUCACCCAUCGUGCUGCUCGAGAUAUCGAGCGAUGCCGCGCUAAGUAUGGAGAUGCAUGGACCCAGUAUGAGAAGCAGGUCCCGUACCUUUUCAUCCCCUACGUCAUUUAA